AUGGCAAGAUCGCUGCUCCCACCCCUGCUGAUCCUACUGCUGUCCUCGGCCCUGGGAACUGUUGAACAAGAAGCCCAGGCUAACAGGGACGGGGAGAAGAUUAUUGAGGGCUACCCAUGUCCAAACCACUCCCAACCGUCUCAGGUAGCCCUGCUCAGGGGCAAUCAACUACACUGUGGAGGCGUGCUGCUCAACCAGCGGUGGGUGCUCACCGCUGCCCACUGCAGGAUGAAUGAGUAUAAUGUGCACAUAGGCAGUCAAGUGCUGAACGACAGAAGGGCCAAGAAGAUCAGGGCCACAAAGUCAAUUCGUCACCCUGGCUACUCCACACGGACCCAUGCCAAUGACAUCAUGCUGGUGAAGCUAAGCUCCCCGGUCAAGCUGUCAUCUAGUAUAAAGGCUGUCAGUCUGCCCUCCCAAUGCGAGCCCCCUGGAACCCAAUGUACUGUCUCUGGCUGGGGCACCAUCAGCAGCCCUAAUGUGAAAUUUCUGUCGACGCUCAUGUGUGCAGAUAUCAUGCUCAUCUCCAAAACCAACUGCAGUAAGGUUUACAAAGACCUGCUGGGCAAGUCGAUGCUGUGUGCUGGCAUCCCGGAUUCCAGGAAGAAUGCCUGCAAUGGUGACUCAGGGGGACCACUGAUGUGCAAAGGAACCCUGCAAGGCCUAGUGUCCUGGGGAGCGUUCCCUUGCGGCCAGCCAAACAUCCCAGGUGUCUACACCCAAGUCUGCAAGUUCGUUCCUUGGAUAAAGAACACCAUGAGAAGCAAUAGAUAA